AUGACCAGUCUGCACCCGCAAUUGUCGGUUUAUAAUCUGACAUUGAAGCAUCCCACGUCCUCUGUCAGAGCCAUUGCUGGUAGUUUCUCUGGGAACAAGCGCCAACAGGAGCUGGUGAUAGCGCGCUCGUCUUCUCUGGAACUGUGGAAAGUAGAUGCAGACUCGGGAAAGCUCUCAAAGCUUUUCGAUCAGGAAUGCUUCAGUAUUAUAAGGGCUAUUUCUUCCUUCAAGACUCCGGGAUCUGCUCAAGACUGUUUGAUACUGACAUCUGAUGCUGGUAAUGUUUCGGUCAUUCAACUCAAUCCCAAAUCUAUGCGGUUCCAACAAAUACAAAACGAGCCCUACUUCAAAUCGGGGAUACGAAGACUUUCGCCAGGUGCUUAUGUUGCUGUUGAUGGACGAGGAAGAGCUGCCAUGCUUGCGGCAGUGGAGAGAAACAAGCUGGUGUACACGCUUCGCCGAGAUGAGAAGGACAAGUUGAUAAUAUCCUCACCUCUGGAGGCUAAUAAGAAUAAAACAUUGACUUUUGAGGUUACUGCCCUUGAUGUCGGAUUUGAAAAUCCUCUAUUUGCUGCGAUUGAGUGCGAUUAUGGGUUGUACGAAGGCAAGAGUAUCAGAGACGAGAAUGGCGAUUUGAAUUACUCCAGAUUGCUGACGUUCUACGAGCUGGAUCUCGGCCUGAACCACGUGGUUCAUAAGAGCUCUUUGGAGAUUAGCCAAUCUGCGAACUUCCUACUUGCGGUUCCCGGUGGUUCUGAUGGUCCUUCGGGUGUGUUACUGUGCUCAGAAGGAAUGGUCCAGUAUCAGGGUCUACAAAAAAGAGGCCAUUUCAUUCCUAUUCCGAGAAGAAAAGGAGACCAAACUCCCAGAUUUAUUGUGACUGGUGUUUGCCACAAGAUGAAGAAUUCUUUCUUUGCUCUCUUACAAGAUAAUAAAGGCGACUUGUUCAAGGUGACCCUUCAAUACGACUCUGAGUCUGGCGAUGUGGAGUCCUUACAGAUUGCCUAUUUCGACACCAUGCCUGUUUGUACUUCCCUGGUGAUCUUCAAAUCUGGUUUUAUGUACGCAGAUUGUGAAGUUGGUGAUAAGUAUCUCUACCAAUUCGAGAAACUGGGAGAUGACGAAGCCCGUGUUUGGCGUUCUACAGAAUACCCUGAUGAUAUUGCUGUUCUUGAGGAUGAAGAUGUGGAAUUUGAGGUGAGACCUCUGGAUAACCUCACACUCGUUGAUAUUGUUCAAUCUUUGAAUCCGCUCAUCGAUUCUAAAUUGGUUUAUGAAUCAGGCCCAACAGAUUUCCCCACGGUUGUGAGCAUAUGUGGAUCAAGUGCGAGAUCGUCCGUCAAAUUCUCAAAGUACGAGAUUCCUUAUACCGAGCUUGUUUCCACAGAAUUGCCAGCUUCUGCUGAGAAGGUCAUGACAACCAAGAUACGUUUCGAUGAUGAGUAUGACAGGUAUAUAGUUCUCUCGUUCGAGGAUGCCACAUUGCUUCUGAGCAUCGGUGAAACUGUCGAGGAAGUCACAAACACAGGAUUUGUUACUGAUGCACCAACUAUAGCUGUCCAGCAAAUUGGACGAUCCUCUAUUGCCCAAAUACAUCCGGAUGGUAUUCGUCAUGUUACGUAUCUGGACGAUGAAUCGGAUCCCAAGGUGGUGGAUUGGUUUCCACCAGCCGGAAUCAAAGUUCGCGUUGCUUCUACGACCUCUUCUCAGGUCAUUGUGGGUCUCUCUAACAGAGAAUUGGUAUAUUUUGAGACUGACGAAUCCGAUCAGCUGAUCGAGUACAAUGAAAGAAAAGAGGCCAGUGGACAGAUUCUGUCUCUAUCUUUGGGUGAUAUUCAAGAGGGCAAGCUCAGAUCUCCAUUCAUAGCUGUCGGAUGCAGUGACAACACUAUCAGCAUCUACAGCACCGAUCCAGAGAGUACGCUGGACAUGCUGGUGCACGAGAGUUUGAGUGGUUCGCCAACAGAUGCGUUGAUAACAUGGAUGGCAGAUUCUCUUAACGGCGAACUUGCGGUAUCUCGGUCUCUGUACUUACAUUUGGGACUGGACAAUGGUAUCUACUCCAGGCUCGCCUUAGAUCCGGUUAGUGGAGCUCUUUCUGGUCCUCGAAACAUAUUCACAGGGCCUAAAGCAGUCAAACUGUCCAAAGUUUUUGCAUUUAAUCAGACAAUGGUCGCAGUUGUUUCGUCGAGGUCGUACCUCAGUUUCUUGUCACCAUCUGGUUAUAAGACAGUUCCAAUAGCGGGCUCUACUUUUAACUCCAUCCACGGAUUUCGAAGCGAAGAUUGUCCGGAAAACGGGUUUAUUUCGGUUCAUGGCAAUCAGCUCACGAUUUUCACCGUCAAUAACGUUGUGAGUACUCUCUCAAUCGAAAGCGUAUCCUUGAAAUACACACCCAAGUGCAUGCUGGAUACCUAUGAUGACAACGGACUGGUUUAUGUGGGGCAAAGUGAAUCAAACACAGAGACUGAACAGCCUGAAGAGGCUGUCUCUAAUUCAGAGAUUGAAAUUCCUUUCAACGAAGAGGAAUCUGACUAUUUCCAGCAAUUUGGAUACAAACUUUCAGCCGAUCGAACGGCUUCAUGUGUGCAGGUCAUUUCGGUGAGGGAAAAGCGUGUCAUUCAGACGAUUGAACUACUGGAAAACCAGACCAUUACCAGAUGUGCUAGAGUGACCUUCAGUUCAAAGGGUCAAACAUAUCUCAUAUUGGCCACUUCUAGCAACCAAAGGCUUCUUCCCAACGUUAACGAUGGUGGAUUCUUGAGGUGCUAUAGCAUCUUGAAGAAUGGGACUCUUGAACUUGUCCAUAUCACCAAAACAGAAAAUUCUAUCUAUUCGGUGGCGGAAUUCCAAGGAAAGCUGAUUGUGGGCAUGAAACGCAUGCUCGUAUUGUACGAUAUUGGCCAGAAGCAAUUGCUGAGAAGAGGAGUUCUAGAUACCGGCUUGAACCAGAUAGUUAGCAUAGUGAGCCAGGGUUUCAGACUGGUGGUGGCCGACUCCAGAGAUAGUGUGAGAUACGUCGUUUACAAACCCGCUGAGAACAUUUUUGUGCCCUUUGCUGACGACACCAUUCCAAGACACACCACUUGCAUUUCCAUGCUAGACUACGACACCGUUGUUGGUGGAGACAAGUUCGGGAACGUGUGGACUUUGAGAUGUCCUAGUGAUAUUUCAGGAGCCUCAGAUGAAGAUGGUCAUGGAACAAACAUUUUGGCAAAAGAUUCAUUUUUGGAAGGAGCACCGUAUCGCCUGGAUAAUUUGACCAACUUCUUCCUCCAAGACAUUCCCACCAGUUUCAACAGGGGCUCUGUUGCUAUUGGUGGAAGCGAAACUGUGGUUUAUACUGGAAUUCAAGGAACCAUUGGAGUUCUGAUCCCAUUGACUUCGUUGUCUGACGUAAACUACUUUUUUGCUCUUGAGAAGUACAUUGCGGAGGAGUUUGAGGAGUCAUUGAACCUCACUGGAAGAAGUCAUCUGGCUUAUAGAGGAUAUUACACUCCAAGAAAGGGUGUUGUUGAUGGUGAUUUGCUGGAGUGCUUCUUCAAGCUGGCUGAUGGACAGAAGGUCAAAAUUGCAAAUAAGAUGGACCGUCUUCCCAAGGAAGUUGAGAAGAAGAUCUCUGAGAUGAGAAGCAGAUAUGCGUUUUAA